AUGCCGCCCUCUGCCGUCCCGCACACCGAUGCACACCGGCUGCAGGACGCAUUCGAGACGCUCACACGCAUCUAUUCCCCAGACACCACCACGCACCAUAUCCGCCGCCAUAUAGUCCACGAUCUCCAGCGCCAGCAAAAUGCCCAAGUCCAUGCAUGCUGUGCAUCCCUGCGCCAUGUCGACGCUACAUUAGCGGCCCUUGCUUCCGAGACGCGCGCCAUGGCAGAUGCAGCGCACGACACCAUGGCCAGGAUCCACAGCGCAACGACCGCGUCGAGCUCCUUGCUCGACCAUGCCGCGACCGUACAGACACAGCGCGCAACGGCCACGCUGCACCAUACGGUCGCCACGCGCCUCUUGGCCCAGCUCACACUCUCGCCCGCCGACACACAGGCACUGGACUCCGACAUCGGCCCCCGUUUUUUCCAGGGCAUGGACCGCCUGCACGCAAUCCUGGACGCAUCGCUCCUCCUCCUCAACACGCACGACGGCGCCGACACGGCCCGUGCGACGCAGGAAGUGCGCGCCAAAGCCCACGCGUCGCUCGAGCACGCAUACAAGCGGCUCGCGCACUGGACCUCGGCCGCGCUGCGGCGCCUUCCCAUCGACGGCGCAGAAAUCUCACCGACGCUCACACAAGCCAUCGCGCGCCUCGCUGCGCGCCAAGACGCGUUUCGCGCAGCACUCGCUGCAUUUUCCGAGAAACGUGCCGCGAUGCUUCCGGACGCAUUCAUGCGUGCGCUCACCACCGGCGGCCCACCGCCGCUGCGCCUGCCGCGCCCCAUGGAAAUCCACGCACACGACCCAGUGCGCUACGUGAGCGAUAUGCUGGCCUACACGCACCAGACCCUUGCCGGUGAGCGCGAGCUCGUGACAGCCCUCGUAGCCGACCUUGCACACGCAACAACGGCGCGGUGGAUCGGGCAGCCGUACACCGCACUCGACGUGGACAUACGCCUCGAUCGCCUCGCGCACGAUCCGCGCAUGCUCGAUGCUUUGGUGCGCAGCGUGCUGGACCGCACCAUGGCUGGCUGCUGCCGCUCGCUGCAGGCACGCAUCCUUGAAACGGUGCGCCUCCAAACAGACGCACCCACCGUCCUGCGCCUCUACUUUGUCCUGUGCUUUUACAGCGCGACGCUGCAGCAGACCAUCGGCGCGCGUGCAGCGCUCAGCACGACGCUGCACAGCAUGGCGCACACGACGCAGGACGUGUUUGUGCAGCGCCUGCAGCAGUACACUGCAACAAAUCUCGACAUCCUCGCCUCCGAUGCACACACCGCGCUCGCCGCAAGCACGGCUGCUGCGCGGCUGCUGCGCUCGCUGUACAACGAGUGCGCGGACGGCGCGGCGGCGGAUUUGGGUGAACAGUACGACGCGCAGCACGACCAGGUAGCCACACACCUCCUCGACCCACUGCGCACGACUGUGCUUGCGUACGCAGCCAGCAUGCGUGAGCCUCGCGCAGAGGCCUCCUGGACGCAGUACCUCGGCUGGGGCGCACACGCCGCACAAGCGCCGUGGGAUACAGCGCCGUGGCAUGCCGAUACGUUUCUCCUGAAUGCGCUGGUGCCGCUGCUUGCCGUGCUCGGCCCCUUUGCACACACACAGGCCGCCGCGCUCGAGCAAGACGCGCUGGAUGCCGCGACGCGGCUGUACCGACUCCAUGCGUCUGCGCUCGAGCGCGAAGCGGGCAUGGACAGCGAGGGCACGCCGGACGCGGAGAAACUGCACGAAUUUUUGCGCGCGCCCACGCUCUUGAGUGUGCCGCCGCGCCUGCACGCCAUUGCGCACGACACCAUCGCCAGCGCCAUCCACCGCGCGGCGCUCGCGCAGUUGGCAAACGUGUAUACCCAGCGUCCCCACGACGAUCCGCGUCUUUCUACCAACGAGGAACUGCGUAUUCUACUGGUGGUCGAUGGCGCGCAAGCGCCGCAAGAAAUACUCGCGGAUGCACUCUGCGCUAGCCAAAGUACGUGCGUGCCGUAG